AUGGUGAUGUGCACGCAGGACGUGGACACAAGCGACUGUGUUGAACGGUUCCAUGGCACAGACGUGCCGGCGUCGUCGGUGUGCGAGUCCUGUGCUUUCAAAGUUCCAGACGGGAGUGUUACACUGCGCACUCAUUCCGACAACAAGGUGUACGUUUCGACGCAACACCCGUCGUUACAGGCGAGAUACGCAGCCAUGCGACAGAUCAUCAUGAAGAUCUUCACAAUAGAGACCAACUACGAUAUGAGCAAGCCGUUGAGCUUUGGUAACUCAAAACACGGAUACUCGGUCGGAUUGAGCUUCAAAUUGCGAGACGACACUGCGCGCGGGUCCGAGCGCAGAUAUUCGCUGAUAUUUACGAGCGAGAGCGAGCAGGCUCUGUUUUCGCGGCAUUCGGCGAUCCUGGACCAGUUGAACGCUAUGGUGGAGUACGUGACGGCCAGAUCAGCAGCUAUCAUAGAAGACCGGCGACGCAGCGAUAACAACAACGAGUCGUAUCUUCGACGAAGCUCCAGAAUGCCAAAGAACCGCAGUCUGAUCGAGCUGUUGCAGGACGAAGAGCUUUUCAUCAAAUUGCACCUCUGGGCGGCGUCCUUGCUUGAACAAUUGCAAUGUUGA